CAGAUGCAAAACAAGACGUGGAUCACACUUCCUUUGGGAAUGGAUUGGGGGAUAUUUAAAUGAAGAUGAUAAGGUGUCUCACGCAGUCCCGUUCAGACGUCGUGUGUCCUCGUGACUCUACUCAACUCAUCAGCAGGGACCAUGCAUCUCCUCGCUAGGAUCGCCUUGCUCCUCUCUCUCAUGUUCACCAUGACCAGCGUCGUCGCUAACGUGGCCAAAAACAACAGCAGCGUCGCACAGCCCAAGAGGAAACUGCGACCAGAGCGACCUCCAGAUGACAUCAUGAAGGCAAAAUGUGGAUUCACAUUGAAUGAAAUUCACGAGUGCAAGAUUAAGGGAUGCAACGCCGCGACAUCAGAGUGCUCCAAUGCCAACGUCAGUUUCUCCGACUGCCUCUUUGAUAAAUGUCACGAUGCGAGGAUUGAGUGUGAGAAGCCACUCAACAAUCACCUGAGUCCUGAAGAAAUCUGUGAAGGGGAUGGCUUCACAAAAGUCGACAACGAAUGCCUCAAAACAAAAAGUGCUUCGAAGGAUCUGCUCGAAGCUUGUAAGGCAGAGAAGUACGUCAAGGUGCGUCGUGAGUGCUUUGAGCCCGUGUGGAAGAAGCGAAUCCAUGACGUGGGAAUGAACAAUUUCAAUGUCCUCUACAUGACAAACGAGUUCAUCGACUGUGCAUACAUUAAGUGUUUUGAAAAUACAGAGGAAUGCAUUAAGAAACACCAUGAGGAAAUGGCCAAGAAUCCACGUAUAUAUACGGAAUUUAGUUUGGAGCACUGUGCAUACGUGAGUAACGUCUACCCCAGAGAUUGCGAGACGCCAAAUUGUACUACCACGAUGGAGGAAUGCUACGGGCUCUAUCCGACUCCAAAAUCUAUGAUCCCGAUAUUCGCCGUUGCUGGAGUUGCUGGUCUGUUGGUCAUUGGCCUGACCAUCUUCACCAUCCUCAAAUUGAGACGGCGCAAAGAUGAAGGGUUUGUACCUGUUGCCAAGUGUUGAGAAGACAGCAGCAGCUGUUUUUGAUGGAGGGAAGAAAAACACGCGAGGCUUUACUGACAGCGGAGGGUCUCCCCGCGUCUGUGCAGGUCGUGGGGGUCAUUUGAUUAUUCGACAUUGGUCAGUUCGGGUUGGUGAAGGCUAGGGGCAUAGACAUACGGCUAAAACAAUGCACUUUGAUGUACUGCCCUCUGCUGUGCACCACGUUGACACGCAAUUACCUUUAAUCCGUUUUAUGCAUGGUGGUUUCCUAUCCAAGCAAUAUCCAGGCUCAAAUUUGCUUUGCUUCCAAGAUCCAAUGAGAGUGGGUGCAUUCUCAGUGACUUGGUCAUAGCUUUACUUGAUAUGCACUAUUAAUAAUAAAGACAAUACUCAAUAUUUAGGAGCCUAACACUAAUAUACCGUAUGCACGAAUAAAAUGCUUCAUUUUUCCAACAUAGUUUACUGUAUUGAAAUAUAAUUAGUUUUGCCGAAUGAAUGUGUGGAUAUUUUAGAGUAACAUUUUAAAUCUUCAAGCAAUGCGGUAUGACUUUGCAUAACGAUACGUGUUGCUUGAUUUAAAUUAGCUUCAAACAAUUGUGUUAAUAUACUGUAUGUUUGAAAACAUUAGACACUGUAUUCUGUACAUAACUUACACUUAAGGUCGAAGUUGCAGUGGUUGUUGUUUGACAGGGUUCUUGGGACACCGUUCAUUGCCAAGCAUCCACCUUCCUUGUCACCCACUCUCCUCCUUAACAAUAAAAACCCCAACAACUUCAGUUGACUUGCAGGCGCGCUGUUGUAACGAUGCAUAAGCAAACACUUUAAAGUCUUUUUUAGAUUUGAAGCUUUCGUGACUGCAAGGAUUCAUACUCUUAGGUUUUUUCGGUAAAGUCACGUAGGUAGAAAAUAAAAAACAAUAAAAGUAAUAAUAUAAAUAAAAUAAUUAUUAUUAAUAAUAGAAUUACAAUAAUAAUGAUUAUUUUAUCUAUAUUAUUACUUCUAUUAUUUUUUCUUCUAAUUAUUAUUAAUAAUAGAAAUACAAUAAUAAUAAUUUUUAGUUCUAUUUUUACUUCUAUUAUUUUUUAUUUUAAUUUUUCUACCUACGUGACUUUACCGAAAAAAACCUAAGAGCACUUUAAAGUCUUCUCAUGAAGCAAGCUUGAAGCCCAUUUGUCGUCAUCCCAUUCACACAAUCUGCGCUGACUGAGGCAAACGAGGUCUCGUGAGGGCGAUGGAGUAAAGAUUCUACCAAGUCUCAUGCAGAGAGGUGCAUUGCCAAGUGCAAUUCAGGCAAUGGGGACUGAACCAUCUGCCUUGUAUACAUAAGGGUCCUUAAACGGCGUCAAUUGUUCCGACGCGAGACUGGAUUUCAAAUUAAAGUAAGAAUAGGAAAAUAUACCACGUACAAAUCAAACUUUUUCCCGUUCACUGCGGCCUUCAUUAUGGUGCAUUGACACAUCAGGGUGUGUGUGUAUAGUUCUACUGAUCUCCGUAGAUUUAUUUUCAAAAGGAGCUAUAACGCCUGUGAGAAAUUAAAAGCGUAUUGUGUAAAAUGCCGACUCGAAGUUCCCUACACACAAUACGCACUCGCCCUCUGGUGGUAAUUCCGAGAAUCGUUGAAUGUUGAGUCCCCGCACCCUCUGUAGUAAAGGUGCAGGCUGUGUAAUGACAUGCUCGCGCCACUGCAAGCGGAAGGGCUUCCUCGUGCUGUAUUAUUCAUUUAUUGGGCCCGAUUCACGCGUCUGGUCCAAUGUUGUUAAAAACGCAGCAGCAAUGAUGCACAAUUCAUCUUGGUUCUUUCGGUAAAGUCACUUUACCGAAAGAACCCAGAAGAUGAAUCCCUGCAGUCACGAAAGCUUUAAAUCGAGAGGCACAAUUCAUCAAGGCGUGAACCUGGCCCAUGCUUCACAUUGGUGUAUACAGAAUCAUUUAUUCUGGAGGAACCCGAUGAGCUAUGAAGCUGUUUUUUUUACAGAUGUCCAGUCGUGGCUGGUCAGAACGUUAACACAAAACAAACAAUGCAAAGCACGAUAUGAGUGUAAGGUAAAGAAAAGGUAAAUACAUCACUUAGAAAUACAUACAAAUAACACUAAACAAUUAGUUUUUUUUUCUUACCAGGUAAACCUCACUUAGCUAUUAGCUUCUAUACUAUUUGCUUAUUUUUCAGAAGUGACCUGACCAUAAAUGAUAGUUCACCGAAGUGGUUUGAUAAAAAAGAGUGUGCGUUCUGGUACCCCCAGCUGACCUGAGAUUACUUAUUCACUUAAAAACUGGAUGAAUAGUAGACAACACUGUGACUAAUCGCUGUCGGUAGUUCAAGGUUGCUGUUCAGCUGCCCAAGCCUCAACAUGUAGCAUUAAUAACACGUGACGUGUGACGCGCAAAUAUAAAACGUAUUGCCUUUAAAACAAAGCCAUAAUAAAGUGACGUUUUUGUAAAUGC